GGGGCUAGGGAUCAUGAAUAAGUCCUUCCCUUUCAAAUCAUAACCAUCGAAUUCAAGUUCAGUUGGUUCAGUCGUUAAUAGAAUAUUCCGAAAACCGUCAAACGGAUAUAGACGAAACGGAUAUCAACAGGUUACUUGAGUAAUCUCUAAUCGUUGAAUUGUUUUUGUAGUCUCUACUAGAACAAGAACUCCUUGCACUAUAGAUAAAUAUUUACGAUAAGCUCCUACCAAUAACUGAGAACUCUAUGUUUAAUAAUUUACAAACAUGUACCGCAAGGUAUUACUUUCAUUGUUUGCUGUUGCAUGUGCAUUACCAACAGAUCUAGUACCAACCCCUCAGUGUUUAUAUAACGGACACAUCUACCCAUCUGGCGCCUUCCAGCCCUCCGUGUGCGUGCACUGUCAGUGCUCCAGUACGGGACUGGUGACCUGUGCUCCGCAGUUCUGUCCCCCUCCUAUUUGUGUGGACGCUGUCAAGGAUCCGUCAAAGUGCUGUCCUGUUUGCCCAAAUGGCAGAAAUUGCAGGAUUUCUGGCGAUGGAACAGUUGUCAAGUUUGGGGAAAACUAUUUUGACGGCUCACAGGAAUGUCAUUGUCCAUCUCAUGGUUCAUUUGAGGCAGAAUGUAUAUAUGUAUAAAUAGAGCGAAAUAAU